AUGAGGGUCUUUGGAUCUAUCAAAAGGAGUUCUUCCAUUCUAAAGAAUAUAUCUCGUAUAACUAACUCUAUUAUUACAACCACAACUAGACCAUACUCAUCAUAUGGUUCAAAUAAUUUACCAUUGCAAUACACAAUCCAUGAUAUUAGAAAUAAGUAUUUAAAAGGAAUCCCGAUUUCAAUGGGUACUGCUUACGACUAUAUUACUGCUUCUUGGGUCAAUAAAGCACAGUACGAUAUGUUAUUAAUUGGUGACUCCUUGGCAAUGACCUCUCUAGGUUAUGAUUCAACAACAGAAGUCCCAUUUGAUGAGUUCAAAUAUCAUAUUAAAUCUGUUUGCCGAAAUAGAGAGGGUCCUGCUCUAGUUGUCAGUGAUAUGCCUUUUGGAUCCUUUGAAUCCAGCAUAGAAAGUGGAAUCUCAAAUGCAAUAGAAUUAUUAAAGUUAAGUCCUCGUCUUAAUACAUUGAAGGUAGAAGUAGGUUUACUUUCUACUGAUAAAUAUACAGUAGAAUUUGUCAAACAGUUAUGUUCAAGAGGAAUUCCAGUUAUGGGUCAUAUUGGUUUGACGCCUCAGCGAGCAAAUUCAUUGGGUGGAUUUAAAGUUCAAGGAAACAAAGAUCCUAUGGAAAUUGUGGAGAUAUACAAAACAGCAAAGAAGUUACAAGAAAUUGGUUGUUGGUCUAUUUUAUUGGAGGCUGUUCCAUAUAGAGUUGCAACUCUUAUUACCAAUUGUCUUUCAGUACCUACCAUUGGGAUCGGAGCGGGAAAUGGUACAUCGGGACAGGUUUUAGUCAUUGCAGAUAUGUUAGGAAUGCAACCUAAUGCUCAUACGCCCAAAUUUGUUAAUAAAUAUAAUAACUUGUUUGAAACUGCAUAUGCAUCUUUAACCCAAUACAAAAAAGAUGUUGAAACCCGUAAAUUCCCUGAGACGGGUGUCCAUACCUUCAAAAUUAAAGAUGAGAUAUAUGACGAGUCUUUACGUAUUAUAGAGAAAAACGGUUUAUAA